CUUGACUUGAGCGGGGCAUGGUCACGGGUGGGUGAUCCGCGCGUGGCCGACGUUGUCGGUGGUCAGGUUCGGCCGUUCCGGUCCGCCCGCCUGAGUUUUGACAUGCACUUCGUCGUCCAUGGCCGUAUGGGUUCAGGGUCAGUUCGCGCAGCAGCGUUGCGAGCCAGCGCAGGGGGGUACGUAGAUGGAUUGAACAUUGAGGGCCGCGCUACACCUCCGUAUUCUCCAGCCCUCCUUCGUAUUCUUGGGGGAGAAGGCUUGUGGUCUGAGUUGUGCCACCGACAGCGUACCACCUGGCGAGGCGGCGACAUUGCGCGUGGGAUGUUAGUUGUUCUCCAUCUAUGGACAGACACCCUGCCUGGGCAUUUGUUGACCGCAGCAAAACAAUUUCAGCCAUGGGCAAGUUCAUCAAGGCUGGCCGCGUGGUGGUGCUCCUCCAGGGCCGCUACACUGGCAAGAAGGCAAUCGUGGUGAAGCCUUUCGAUGACGGGUCCAGGGCCCGGCCUUUUGGCCAUUGUUUGGUCGCGGGUGUGGACAAGGCUCCCCUCAAAGUGACGAAGACAAUGGGCAAGAAGAAGAUUGCCAAGCGGACUCGCGUCAAGCCGUUUGUGAAGUACGUGAACUACAACCACAUGAUGCCAACCCGCUACCAGGUGCCCGCGGAGGUCGGCGUGCAGUCCUGGGUGACGGACCAGCAGAUGGACAAUCCGGACGGCCGCGUGGAGGCCAAGAAGCUCAUCAAGAACGCCUUCCAGGAGAAGUUCGCGAGCCCCCCCGCGGACAAGGCGGGCAAGCCCUCCAAGGACGUGCUCUACCUCCGGAAGAAGCUGCGCUUCUGAGGAAUUGCCAGAGAGCAUGCUCGUGCUCCACGCCGGCGCUGCCGCAAAACUCCGACCCAUCUCAAGACUUCCCGUGCCUGCCGCCAGCAGCUCGAGCGGCCCCCGGAGCAACGCUCCCUUCCCUCGCCGAUUCCCACACGAUCCAGGCCUGCCACAGAGGUGCCCCCGGCCCGAGGUGCCCCC